UAUUGUGUAGAUAAAAUCGAUCACUGAAAUAUUUCGUGAAAACUUCGAUCUAGUAAUCAAUCAUGAUACAUAAUUAAUACACUAUUGGAAUCACCCCACGAUAAUUUGUCCGCUUGCCGUGAAUAGCCGUCCUUAUCAGUCCAUCAUGGCUAUGGGGGUUGGAAUAAUCAAUAUUUUUCCACCCUACCCAACAACGCAUGCGUGAUUGUGAUGGUGAUGGUAUGACUUAGAAAUGGUGGGCCCCAUGUUGUAAUACCACAAACCAUUCUGGUGCAAGCGCUCAAGGUGGCACCACGAAUACCACACGGCUUCGAAACCACCAUGCAUCGUCACACGAAACGAGGAUCGGUCAUCCCAGGGGGUGUGAUCAAAAAUGAUUCUAUGACUGCGCACGCGCAAUCUGAAGAGUUUCAAUACGAGAGCAACGAAUCACGUAUGAGGACCAAUGGAGGCUUCAUCAUCGGACUAUAGCGAUGAGGAGGUGGGUGUGCUAGCCCGGGGUCAGAAGCUAUGGGUUCGCGGAGUCAGAUCUCAUACCACAUGCGCUGAUAUUGUACGAGCCUUACAGGAUGCGCCUGAAGGUGAAGGUAUCAGCGACCAUGGGGAGUGGGUUCUCGCGGAGAGGUGGCGUGGUGUCGAGCGACCUCUUCCACCAGAUAUUCCAGUUUUACACGUUUUAGCUGCUUGGGGCGAUGCCAGGCAUGAGGUGAGAUUGUCUCUUCGAAGGUUAUCUAGUGGUGGUGAAGAGGAUUCGGGACGAGAUAGCGACGGUGGAAGUCGAGCUCGUUCAAGACGAAGAAAAAAAGGAAUUCGGGCCGCCACACCACCUCCAAGAUCUAAAAGUGAGGAUCCAGCAACCAGACUCGUCUCCGUUAUACAGCAUCAGAGUAGAACUAUUCACCAACAGCUCGAUAAGUUAAGGGAACAAGAGAAACUCAUCGAUCACUUAGAAGACCAAACACACAAGACUAGGAUGGAAAAACACGGAACGAACUACCUUCUUGAAUCAUAUCUUCGUGAUUUAGGAAGAUGUAGCGAGCUCAAUGACAGCCAGGCGGGUAACAGUGAUAGCGGUGUCGGAGUCGGCAGCGGUACGCCACCGAGACGGCACACGAAACACAAGUCAAGACGAGAAAGACAUCUCAUGAGAGAACACUACUUUACAAAAGAACUCACAGACAUAUGCCAGAUAAACUCCGAUAGACUCCUGCAAACACCGAACGAUACGGACUCAGAUGCAUCAGCGGACGAAUUAACGAGGAUAAGAGAGGAAAUAGAGUUGUUAGAGAAACUGGCCAUCAUCAACAAGAGACUACAUAGAGAAGAGGAACUUGUUGUGAGGUUGACUGCGAAGGUCAAACGCUAUAUGGAUGAAAAUAAGGCUAAUAGCUGCGAGAAUGUAUCCCAAGUGACGAUACUCAUUGACAAGAUCGAAGAAGAACUAGCAAAAACCACUCAAGAGAUGCAAGACAAUACGCUAGAGUUGGAAAGAGCUGACAAGGAAGUUGAAUUCAGGAUGAAGCUGAUAGAGGAAUUGACAAUAGAACUGGAGAAAGAAGAGUUGCAGAACACGAUACUAGAAAGACAAUUGAACGAAGCGUCAAGCAGACAGCCCAUUAUUUUACAAGAGAGCUACAUACCAGUUCUAGAGCAAGCUAGUAGCACUCCACCAGUGUUCACUUACAGCGGCAACGGCUACGUCCUCGAUACUCUUGUGUGAUACAAGAUUUUAUCCCAAAGAUUGAUUUACCAUAGCUGUUUGAACCAACAACUUUCCAAUCAUCCAAAAUUGUAAAAUGGUGCUAAUAAAUAAGUUUUUUUUUUGUACAUUUUAGCUAUAAGAACAUAUUUAUAUACGGAUCCAGAUACCAAAAAACUUCGAACAAAACCACCAAUCCCAAUAAUUAUAUAGAGCUAGUCAAUAUGAUUUGUAUAAUAAUUAAUUUCUAAUUGACACGUUAAAAUCAUUGUUAGAAAAAAAAUAAUAUCGCUGCAUAUAUGCGAUGUUAUAAAGGUAUGUAUUUAAAUCGGUCCCAUUGUCAGAUACUCAUCGGAUAUCAUAGGCCAUGAACAUUUUUCAUAUAAUCUAGUUUUAGUACAUUUCUAAAUAAUCCAAAAAUUUUAUCUGUGUAAAUUUUUACUGUUAAAUAGUAUAUGUAAAUACAGAAAAAAAAAUAUACAUAACAUA